ACUGGGAUUUGUUUCGGAGUAGUAACAGUUUCAAAGAUGAGAGCGACUUUGGCUAUAGUCUUGGCUCUACUCAUCAGCUCACCAAAAAGCGCAGACGCCCUAACCCUCCAGAGCGCGUUACCUCAUUCAAACAAACCGAACUCCCCAAACGACUCAGAGGGCUGCCUACCGCCUGCCAUCACUGGACUACUGUCACGCACGGACGGGGCUGUCACAACGACAACGGAGGAAGUGCUAGAGUCCAGUCAAGAGGCGCUGUACGUCACGGAACGUCGGUACCUGCGCAUGGACUGGUGCAAGACGCAGCCGCUGAAGCAAACGAUCCGCGAGGAGGGCUGUCUGACUCGGACUAUUAUCAACCGCUUCUGCUACGGACAGUGCAACUCCUUCUACAUCCCGAGACACGUGUACCAGGACGGGGGUGCCUUUCAGUCCUGCUCCGCCUGUAAACCCAAAGCCUACAGCACUGUCACCUAUACUCUGUUCUGCCCCGGUCAGACGCCCAGCACGCGCAAAAAGAGGGUCCAGCGCGUCAAGCAGUGCCGCUGCACCACCAUCAAUGCGGAUUAA